AUGUCUGAACCUCGCCCCGUCAAGCCGUAUGGCUUGUCGCAGGUGUACGUUCCCCAAGGCGAACCCACUGUGGAUCUUGUAUUUGUUCAUGGUCUCAACGGCCAUCCCCAUGACUCGUGGACCAGCAAGACGACCAAAUGUUUUUGGCCUGUUGAUCUCUUACCUGAAGUCCUGGCAUCUCAACGCCCCCGCAUCUUGACCUAUGGCUAUAACGCGGACGUCACCGCCUUUACUGACGGUGCCUCUCGCGAUUCGAUCGUCAGUCAUGCAGAGACCUUAGCUUCUAACCUUGCGGCGAAUCGCAAUCUUCGUGACUGCUCCGACCGACCGAUUAUCUUCAUCUGCCAUUCGCUAGGUGGUCUUGUGGUCAAGCGUGCACUUAUCUAUUGUCGCAGUCUGUCAAACGAGCGGACCGAACACUUGCGCUCAGUGUACGUCUCGACUUUUGGCAUUCUCUUCCUCGGUACGCCACACAAUGGAUCUGAUAUCGCGAAAUGGGGCCUAUUGUUGCACAACAUCUGUGCUGCAGUUCUCCCCAAGAAAGUUUUGGAGUCUUCCCCGCAGCUGAUCAAAGCUCUGCGCACGAACAAUGAAACGCUGCAGCAUAUCAACAGUCUGUUUGCCGACAUACUUAGCCGCUUUCACAUCUACUUCUUCCAUGAAACUCGCUCAACCGACUUUAAGGGAACCAGAGAGAUCAUCGUGGACGAAGCCUCCGCAGCACCUUAUAUCGAAGGCGUCGAGCGUAUGGGAAUAGAGGCAGACCACAGUCAUAUGUGCAAGUUCGAUGAUGAGAAUGCUGCAGGCUAUGAGGUGGUUGCUGAAGCUCUUCUACGAUACUCUCGUCAGGCACCCGCGUUGAUCGGAGAGCGCUGGAUCUCAGAGAGAACUACUCGCGCGAUGGAAAUGAAGGCUAAGGCCCGCGAAAUAUAUGACGGUAGGACUGAAACUUCGCCGGCUGUAGUAGGUUCGCUGACCAGCUCAGUCAGACUAGAUGGCGACCCUCUCACGCAAAGCACGCCGAAUAUUGGUAGGCAACGUCUUCUCCCUUCUCCCGGCGAAUCAGUCACAUUGAGGGAUUAUGAGAUUGAGGAGCCUCCUGUUUAA